AUGCACCAGGGAACAUAUCUCCCAAGGUCAGACUUCGCGGCCGUCUGUGUGGAACAAGUGGUGCGACGUGAUACCGCCCGGAGAUAAAGGAUGCGUGUAUGGCCGCCGAGAUGACCAUUUCCGUGGAUCAGGAAGCAUUGCCAAAGGGUGCUGCCUUAGUAGCAACGUUUCUAGCGAGUUUAUUCAUUACGAUAUUUCUCUAUGGCUCUUACAAUACGUUCCUACAUCCUCUUCGUCGAUACCCAGGACCUGUGGCAUGGAGAGCGUUCCGGUUUCCGUACGUCAUCGCCACUCAUCGAGGAGAAAUGCACCAGAGACUCAAGCAAUUCCAUGAAAAGUACGGACCUGUCGUGCGCAUCGCUCCAAACGAGCUCUCGUACGCUGAUGGAGCUGCUUGGAAAGACAUCUACGGCAACCGACCUGGCCAUCUCCCUUUCACGCGCUCAACCUGGUUCAAGCCAAUGUCUCCAGGCGAGCCUCACUCGAUCAUGGGUCCCGACGAGGAGGCCCAUGCGAAGACGAGACGGGCUUUUGCGAAUGCAUUCUCCGAGAAAAGCUUGAGGGACCAGUCGCCCGUGAUCGAGGGUUAUCUCGACAUCUUCAUGAAGCAGCUAAAGGCGCCUGCUGCAGGUAGGCAAUGGACGGAGAAGACUGUCGACCUUAACGUGUGGUUCAACUUCUUGACAUUCGAUAUUUCCGGAGACCUCUCUUUCGCAGAAUCCUUCGAUUGCCUCAAGACUGGAAAAGCACAUCCUUGGGUCGAAAUUGCCCAAGAUUUCGGAAAAGGGUUAUCCCUCGUAGCUUCGGUCAAUCAAUAUCCGCCAAUCGACAAAUUGCUGCGCUAUGUGAUUCCGAAGAACAUCAGGCAGAGGCAGACUGACCAUCGUGCUAUGAGUUACGCCAUGGCGAGGAAGAGGCUAGCCCUUGAGACGGACCGACCGGACUACAUCACGCCAACAAAGAAAUACAGUAAAGAGAAGGUGGCGCUAUCGAUUGAAGAGUGGCAGGUCAACAUGGUGGUCAUCGUCUUUGCGGGGAGCGAAACGACGGCCAGCGCCCUGACGGCGAUAACCCGCGAGCUGGUGCAGAACCGUGGAGUCUUGAACCGCCUAACGCGGGAGAUUCGGAACGCGUUCGAGAAGGAGGACGAUAUCAAGAUUGCUUCGACAGGUAGCUUACCCUACCUAGAUGCCGUGAUCAACGAGGGAUUGCGGCUAGACCCACCCAUCGUUAUCGGCGUGCCCCGAGUCGUCCCCGAAGGUGGAGAUUCAGUUUGUGGACAGCAGAUUCCUGGAGGAACCUACGUUAGCUUCAACCAGUUUUCAGCAAACCGCCAGUCGCGCAACUUCCGGCAUCCGAACUCCUUCAUACCUGAGCGAUUUCUUAACCCAGACCCAAACACCGAUGACAUGUCGUCUUUCCAGCCAUUUAGCAUUGGAAGGCAAAGCUGUAUCGGCAUGAAGCUCGCGUAUGCGGAGAUGCGCGUGACGUUGGCAAGGCUGCUGUUUGCAUUCGACAUCAGCUUGGCGAGUGAGAAGGAUAGAUGGGACUGGGGCGAGCAGAAGACGUACAUUUUCUGGGACAAACGACCAUUACGGGUAACGUUGAGGCGAAGCCGUGUCAGCUAGUCAAGGAUUUCAGUGAUCCACACAUCUGUUGCGGUCGCUCCUCGCUAACUGACCGGACGAGCAUCCCUUCGUCGUACGAAUAACGCAGUUUGCUACAAGUGUCGAGGGCUCGGUGG